AUGGCUAAUAAAGCCAAAUACAAAACCUUCCUCAAAAGAAAGAACCGGAAAGGUGGAAGUAACAUCGAAGACGCAGAGUCUAAAAAGAACAACCAAAAACGACACCCCAACCACUUUGGGAAGCCAGAACCUGAAGUACGCAGCGCAUAUAAUCCCGACCGCGACCCAUUCAAAGAUGAUUACAUCGACAACACAUGUGCCAAAGGCAACCACUUCCGCUUUUACACCAACGACGGCGAAUGCUACUAUAGUGUUGCUAUCAUAAACAGCUCCACCGAGACCGCCCCGGAAGCGGAGCCGGAGAGUGAGAUCCAGAUGCUCAAGACUCUUUAUUCCGCGUCACGGAAGGCGGGAAAGGAACUAGCAAAGGGCAGAUUUCUAUCGCUAGAGCAGCCCCCAUGGCGCACAUUCCUUCCUCCAAGGAAACCGGAGCAUGACUACGGCCUCACACCCGAGGGAAGAUCACUUCACGGCAGGCUGUCGCCUUGGCUUUAUCUUUGCGACCACACGUGCGACUUGGGCUUGUGCGAUAUCACCUUCCGCCUACCCUCUGCUUGUCCGCUCGGUGCUACCUGCCGCUGGAAGCACGAGAUCGACUGGGAUGAUCUGAGCUUCCUCAUUACCAGCGGCCGUCUCAGCGUCCGGCGUACUCGUACGAUGCUCGCGAACUGGAAGUCAUCCGCCACACCAUCUGAAGACGUCGGUACUUGGUAUCGCAUGCACGCCAUCAUCAGGCGGUUGCAAUACCUUGAGAAACCUGCUAGGAUUGGUUACAUAUACCCGUAUCUAUUCCCCGGCUCCGACUCUCACGCGCUCUUCGAGAGGCUGAUUGACGGAUAG